UUAACUACCCCCGGCACGCCGUUGCUUCCUCCCCCUUCCCACCAUUCCUUUCCUUCCUCCACUCCCCUUUUCUCUUGGCGUCUCCUCCAAUCGAAUCGGUUUUCCUUCCCCCAAAUCUUAGGGUUAGGGUUUCGUCUAUUCCUUCCCUUCCUCGCCAAAUUAGCGCGUCGCCGAGGGCUAUCGUUGCGUGGGAUGAUGGGCACCGCCGUCGAGCUCGGCCGGAGGCACGGCGAUGCCCGCUUCUACGACGCCGCCAGGGCCCGCCGAGGCCACCAGCGCGGCUCCCCCAAGUCGCGGUGGUCUCCCGCCGCCGACGCCGCCCAGGAGAAAGUACCAUCGCCACCGGCGGCCCCCGGCGUUUCAGGCAACCUCGAGCGGUUCGUGGCCGCCGUGACCCCGUCCGUCCCGGCGCAGUACCCCUCCAAGAGGGCAUCCAGGGGGUGGAGGACCAGCGGCGUCGAUGGCGACCAGGAUAGGCCGUACUUUGUUCUCCGCGACGUGUGGGAGGCGUACAGUGAAUGGAGCGCGUAUGGUGCCGGCGUGCCACUCAUGCUUGAUGGAUGCGACGGGGUCGUCCAGUACUAUGUGCCCUACUUGUCUGCCAUCCAGCUCUAUGGAGACCCCGCUGUCCUGCGGGCACCUACUAGCACAAGACAUAUGAUGAAUGACAGUGAUGGGGAUAGCCAUGAUUCCAGCAGUGAUGCGAGCAGUGAUUGUGGGCAUGGAAGGUUAAAGCAUUUUACUCAGGAAGGUUUCUCAAGUGAUGAUGGUGAAUCUGGGGAUCCUCAUGACCGCUUGCUCUUUCAAUAUCUUGAGUUUGAUUCACCAUUCUGUCGUGAACCUUUGACUGAUAAGGUCUCUAGCCUCUCAGCUAGAUUUCCUGGACUGAAGAGCUUAAAAAGUUGUGACUUAUCAUUGAGAAGUUGGAUAUCUGUUGCUUGGUAUCCAAUUUACCGUAUCCCUACUGGCCCAACAUUAAAAGAUCUGGAUGCUUGCUUUCUGACUUUCCAUCGGCUUUCAACUUGCUCAGGAGAUCAUGUUGGCGUCAUACAAUAUCCUUGGGGUGGUGAUAGCACAGCAAAUGUAUCACUCCCUGUUUUUGGUAUGGCUUCUUAUAAGUUCAGCAAGUCAGUAUGGUCCCCGAAUGAUGGGGAUUGGCAGCUGGCAAGUGUCUUACUUCAAGCUGCUGCUGAUUGGCUGCGAGAUAGCCGUGCCAGCCAUCCGGAUUAUCAGUUCUUUGUCUCGCGCGGUGCAUACAACAGGUAGAGGCACCAAAUAUAAACUUGGACAGGGUUUGGGACUGGGAUGUCUUGGAGGUGUUGGAUGUAAACAUUAACUAAGAGGCGAUUGUCUUGACUGCUCUAAUACUCUGAUGCAUGCUAUGAUGCAUGUUGAGGCAGAGUUUGAACUCCCAAGUGAGAAUCAAGCAGGGACGUUCUGCCUUGUAAAGGUGAACUAAUAGGAGGACUUGAUCGGCUGUGGUUUUUUUGUGUAAUAGUCGAUCGGUGAUCAUCAUGAAGAAAAUUGGGACAAAAAAAAGUGUAUGAAAGGGAAAAGGGUCAUGUUUGUCGAAUUAUCUGUAGUUACCAGGUGGAUGGAGCUGCUGGGCUUUCUUGUGUAUUACAGAAGUACGCGGAUGAAUUUUGCUGAGUUCCCCUGGAAUGUCUGUAUAAACUUGUCAAUUCUCGUCGACACUGCAUAGCCCUGUUUAAAUGAAAUUUGUUGUAGAUUAGCUACUUGGCAUCA